GUAAGGAGUUUAGUUUUUCCCGCGAAAAAGCGCCUGUGAACACUUGUCUUUUACGUCCCGCGUGUUUUAGCUUUAAAAUAAGUACAAAUAAUUUACUAGUUCUUUCUCGGAGCUGUUGUCGGGACGCUGUAUUGAGUCUUCUGGCCCAGGAUGUCCGGUUUUGACGAUCCAGGCGUUUACUACAGUGACAGCUUCGGAGGAGGAGAAGGAAUCGGCGGCGACGAAGGUGGACAGAAACGGAUCCAGAUCAAGAAACGGUUUCGUGAGUUCCUCCGGCAGUUCAGAGUGGGAACCGACAGGACCGGCUUCACAUAUAAAUACCGAGAUGAGCUGAAGAGGCAUUACACUCUUGGGAAGUACUGGGUGGAGGUGGAGAUGGAGGACCUGGCCAGCUUUGAUGAGGAUCUGUCAGACUGUCUUUACAAACUGCCCACUGAAAACCUGCCUUUGCUGGAAGAAGCGGCAAAGGAGGUGGCUGACGAGGUGACCCGUCCUCGGCCUGUGGGAGAGGAGAUGGUGCAGGACAUCCAGGUCACGCUGAAGAGCGACGCUCAUCAUUCUUCCAUUCGCAGCCUGAAGUCUGAGCAGGUGUCUCGUCUGGUGAAAGUGCACGGCAUCAUCAUCUCAGCCACAGCCGUGAGAGCCAAGGCCACAAAAGUGUGUCUGCAAUGUCGAGGCUGCCGCGCCGUCAUCAGCAACAUCCCUCUGCCUCCCGGCCUGCAGGGUUACGCUCUGCCACGCAAAUGCAACACCGAUAAUGCCGGCAGGGUAAAGUGUCCAGUCGAUCCAUACUUCAUCAUCCCAGAUCGCUGCGUUUGCGUUGAUUUCCAGACGCUCCGCCUGCAGGAGUCUCCAGACGCCGUGCCUCAUGGAGAGAUACCCCGUCACCUACAGCUCUACUGCGACAGGUAUCUGUGUGACCGCGUGGUUCCCGGGAACAGGGUGACCAUUAUGGGUAUCUACUCCAUCAAGAAGAUGGCUGCUGUUAAGGCCAAAGGCAAGGAGAAAGGCGUUGGGGUGGGCAUCCGUGCAGCCUACCUCCGAGUGGUCGGUAUCCAGGUGGACACAGAAGGAACAGGUCGUGGUGCGACUGGAUCAGUGUCUCCGCAGGAAGAGGAGGAGCUGAGAAACCUGGCUGCUUCGCCAAACGUCUAUGACUCUCUAGCACGCUCAGUGGCGCCCUCCAUCUACGGCAGUGAUGAUCUGAAAAAGGCCAUCACCUGUCUACUGUUUGGAGGUUCCAGGAAGAGGCUUCCUGAUGGUCUCACCCGUAGGGGCGACAUCAACCUGCUGAUGCUGGGUGAUCCCGGCACAGCGAAGUCCCAGCUGCUCAAGUUUGUGGAGAGGUGUUCACCUAUUGGGGUGUACACAUCCGGUAAAGGUAGCAGUGCCGCGGGGCUGACUGCGUCUGUGCUGAGGGAUCCAAGCACUCGCGGCUUCAUCAUGGAGGGAGGCGCCAUGGUGCUGGCUGAUGGCGGCGUCGUGUGCAUUGACGAGUUUGACAAGAUGAGGGAGGAUGACAGAGUGGCCAUUCAUGAAGCCAUGGAGCAACAAACCAUCUCUAUUGCCAAGGCUGGUAUCACCACCACCUUGAACUCUCGCUGUUCCGUGCUCGCUGCAGCUAACUCUGUGUUUGGCCGCUGGGACGACACAAAGGGCGAGGACAACAUCGACUUCAUGCCAACCAUCUUGUCCCGUUUUGAUACAAUCUUUAUAAUCAAAGACCAACACGACCAGCAAAGAGACAUGACUCUGGCUCGUCACGUGAUGAACGUUCACCUGAGCGCUCAGACACAGACUGAGGGUGUUGAAGGCGAGAUUCCACUGGCUACCUUCAAGAAAUACAUCGCAUAUGCCAGAGCUAAAUGUGGCCCUCGACUGUCUGCCGCGGCUGCAGAGAAACUGAAAAACAGAUAUGUGGUGAUGCGGAGUGGAGCAAGAGAGCAUGAAAGAGAGGCAGACAAAAGACCCACCAUCCCCAUCACCGUCAGACAGCUGGAGGCAGUCAUCCGUAUCGCAGAGUCCCUGGCCAAGAUGAAACUGCAGGCAGUUGCUGGAGAGGAGGAAGUUGACGAGGCGCUCAGGCUGUUCCAGGUUUCCACUCUGGAUGCUGCACUCUCGGGCAGUCUUUCAGGGGUGGAAGGCUUCACAACGCAGGAGGACCAGGAAAUGAUAUCUCGGAUUGAGAAGCAGUUGAAGAGACGUUUUGCUAUUGGCUCACAGGUGUCCGAGCACAGCAUCAUUCAGGACUUCACCAAACAGAAGUAUCCAGAACAUGGCAUCUACAAAGUCCUGCACUUGAUGUUGAGGAGGGGUGAGCUCCAACACCGCAUGCAGAGGAAAGUGUUGUACAGAGUCAAAUAGUCUGCUUUAUGUGCUAAUACUUUCCCUUAUUGGUGUUGAUGUAAAUAGCUGCAAAGUGCCCACAGUGCUACUUGAUAUGACCAUCUGGAAGGUUUUUAGGAUGACAGUAAAAAUUGUUUUUGCAGCUGUGAUUGGGCCAUUAUACCAUCUAGUUACACAUUUUCAAACAGAAAUGUUUAGGAUCUCCCUUUAUGCUGAUGAUGAUGCUUUGUAUCAACACAAAGAUCACAUCUUGUGGCUAUGUACUUUGUUUAAAGGAUUAAAAAUUAAUAAAGUAUUUGAAAUAA